UUUUCGCUCUUCCUCGUGCGGACCCGCACACGCCCUCCCUCCGUCAGGUACGCGGGCGCGUCUCCGCAUCAGCUGAUCUUCCCGCUGCUCCUGUCAGAUCAGGCUGCGAUCAGCGCUGCGGCUCGAGUCCUCUUGGUGACGCUCUGCUGACAUCACACUGAUACUCCCUGCUCCUCUCAGCUCCGCUCCCGCAUCAAACACUCGCAGCUCCGCCGGCUCUCUCACGCACUCCGUCCGGACUCUGCUCCCGCACGCAGCGGUCGAGACGAACCCUCAACCCGCUGAGGGCGCUCGGAGGUUGGGCCACCUUGGGACGAGGGGCUGGGCUCUUCCUGUCACUGACUGACACACUCCGGAGGCACACACACGCGCGCGCUCCGGGUUAAAGGGAAGGACAAGCAGUCAGAAGGAAAGCAGGCUCCAACUUGGCUGAUUUCAACGACAACUGUUAAGUUUGUUGGCGGCGUCGGAGAAGGAAUAAUUCGGAAGGACACAUCUCGCUUCUGUGGAUAUUUACGUCCACGUUGUUAGAAGAAUGGCAGGAGGGCAGCGCGCGCGCUGGCCGGGGACUCCGCUGACCAACGCUUGGCUCCUGGCGGCAGCGGUCCUCCUCAUCACCCAAGGCAUCAACGCUCAGAAAGUGCAGGUGGAUGAGGGAGUGGAGGCGUAUCCCACAGAGUCAGUGACUCUCCGCUGCCAGUUCACCGGUGGAGGAAGCACAAAGCUCACACAGGUGUCUUGGAUAUGGGAACCUGUCGACGGCCAAAGGGACAACAUAGCUGUUUUCCAUCCAACCUACGGACAAAGUUUCCCCAAUCUUUUAUUCAAGGAUCGAGUUACUUUUCUCUACACAAACCUGGAGAACCCCACUAUAAGGAUUUCCAACCUACGGAUGGCAGACGCUGGCCGCUACACCUGCGAGUACGCCACCUACCCCACUGGAAAUGAGCAAGGGACCACCACCCUCAUCAUGCUUGCCAAGCCCAAGAACUCCGCCGACAUCGUGACCGUCCAGGCCGGUACAAAGUCGGUGGUGGUGGCGCAGUGCGUGGCGGCAGACAGCAAGCCGGCGGCCUCCAUCAACUGGAUUUCCUCCGUCAGAGGCAAUUACUCCACCAGCACCACAAGCGGGCCGGACGGAACGGUGACGGUACGCAGCGAAUACCGUCUGGUUCCCACCCCGGACGACAACGACAAGGAGGUGACCUGCGCGGUGGACCAGAGGACGCAGGAGCGGCAGUGGACCAAAACGCUCAGGCUUUCUGUGGAGUACCCCCCGUUUGUCACCAUCAGUGGUUACGACCACAACUGGUAUGUCGGUCGCUCCAACGCAGAGCUGGUCUGCCAGGUCAAGGCCAACCCGCCGCCCACCGCCAUCACCUGGAAAUCGGCUUCUGGUCCUUUGCCAGACUCGGUUGUGGUGGAAAACGACAGGUUGACUAUCAGGAAGGUGGAUGACGCGGUCAACACCACCUUCAUCUGUGAGGUCAAGAACAAGCAUGGAGCCAACAGUCACCGCAUCAACGUGCUGGUCAGCGAAAAACAAGAACAACGCAAACCUCCAUCAACUGGCGCUGUCAUAGGAGGUAUUCUUGGCACUCUCGCUGUAAUCGGACUCAUCAUCGGCAUCAUCUUCUAUAUCCGCUGUCGCCGAGACGAUGGAGAAGGCCCACCCAAGCACAAACCUCCUCCCCCUGUGAAGGGCAGCAGCUCAACAGAGAUGAACCUGGAUGAUGGGAGCAGCGGCGCCCUGAAUGGUGGCGCCCCUCCAGGCCUGGACGCCUCGGCCCAAGAGUUCAAAGAAAGAGCUGACGGUCACCAUGGCAAUGAUUUUGAUUCAUCCAAUCACGGAGCUCCAGCCGCCAACAUCUCUCGCGGGGAUAGCUUUGUGUCUCCCGCCAUGUAUGUGUAGCCGUACCGACUAAAACGCGUCCUGGCGGGCGCGCGGGCAUACUCCAGGUCAACUCAAACAGCUUGACAAUGUUUUUUCUCACCUUUAACUUCAAAUCCGACUUUGAAAAUUCUUACCUGAUGACAAAGUUUAUGAAUCCCAUCUUUUAGAGGGUUUAUUUUUCGUGGGUUUAGCAGUUUGACUGCAUUUUAAGGUAAUCACAUGAGGGACAUUUUUAUUGGUGGUCGGGCCAUUUGUUCUGUUUUUGUGCAUUUAAACUUCUACAUUUUAGUUUUGAAAAGACAGCUGGUAAAUUGUGUGCAUUUUACAAAAUGCAGAUCAUAAAGAAUCAUUGAGACGUAUUAUAAAAAGAGGAUCAAUUGUAACAGUAAUCAAAUAGUGAAUGUGUGAAAGGAAAAAAGGGAAUUAAAGGAAAAAAUGCUCCAAUUUCUGAUCAUAACAAAAAUAUUGAUCGGAAAAGAGAUUUACCUGGAUUGCCAACUUGAAUAAUAACAUUCAACAAAUGUUAAUCUUCCCCUGACAGAUAAAGUUUAUUGAAACAAACUCUAAAGUUGGACCGUGGCUCUCCAGGGAGCGUUAAUCAAUCUCUGAAGAUAGUUUUUUUUAAAUCCCACUUAUCAGCUCCUGCUGCUCCGCCUGUCACAAUCAUGCCCAGGCAGCAGUCCAGCAACGACCAAUUCCACUUUAUUACACUGUCAGAGUGUCCCUGGACCACAGCUGCUUUCACCCUGAGAGUCUUCUCGUUAGACAGGACGCGACAUGACUGGAAGCCCUGUAACCUGGCAACAUGGCGUCCUUAAGAUAAAUACCGCUUCUUUUAAUUGCAAGGUCUUGUGAGUUUACAAAGCACACACACCACAGGGGUCCUACAAAUUUACACCCACACAAACAUAUUUGUUUUCACUCUUUUAAAGGAAAAAAACACAACUUUCACAUAGAAAUGUCAGUGUGGAAAUGCUCUGACAAAUCCCAACUAUCUUGCUUUUGAUUUUGUAUAGAAAAAAUUUGAAUUUUGCAUUUUCUUUUGAGAGAUCUUUUAAAAAAAAUCAGUGAAUUGCUGUGUGUUCUGGCUGAAACAAACACAGAUGUCAUAUGGAACCAAAUGAUAAACCGUGUACAUAGUAUUAAUAAUACAAGUAAAUAAUAUGCUGUUGGUGAAUUGUGUAUACUUCAAAACUAAACAAGUGUAGGUGUUUUCAGUGCCUGUGUACAGAGGAUGGGAGUUUGUUCAAUGUCAAGGGAAUGGUUAAAAAAAUGCGUAUAUUACUAUUUUGCAUUUCAUUACAGUUGUCACUUAAAACUAAAAAUGUUUUGAAUAUGUAAAAAAGAAAAUUAAUGGCGUGGACUUUACGUCACUAUUAUGAUAAAUUAAAAAAAAUUGUGGGGGAUGAUAAAAGCAAAAGAGUAAAGAGAAAAUACAAUUUUUUUUAAAAAUGGUAAAUGGUUUAUAUAUUUGAAUCCUUUCAAAAUAAAAGACAUCAUGUGUCACAUUGACAGAAUGUAGUAGUAGCAAGUACAGUAAUAUAACAGAAAAAAGUUUAUUUUACUAUUUGUGAGGCAUCUCAGCCAGAAAUUCAUAAAUCUAAUGAACUAAGAUUAAAUUAAUCAAAUUAAGUGAACCAUUGUGUACUUUUUGCGCCAUAAGAUGUACUUAAAACAGAAAAUCUGCUUUAUAAUUUGGUGCGUCUUAAAUAUGAAUUCUUAUUGUGCUCAAUGACAUCAAAUGGAUUUUCUGUGAUGCAUGGAGCCUAAAAAUCUUUUAAGUGUUUCAGUACAACUUUGAUAAACUGUAGAUGAUUUGUGGAAAAUUACGGCAGCAGAGUUACUUUUAAAACUAAAAACAUUUUAUUUUUCUUUAACCUCACAUUGCUCCGAAGCCGCAGGUUGCAGACCUUUGGUCUAAAUGCAUUUGCCGUAACCAUGCACACUCACAAUCUGAGUUUUCAGUUCUUUCAUUUGUGGCGUGACAGCUUUGUCUUCAGCGCUAAUCCAAACGUGGAGCCAGCAUGGAGUCAUCAUCAUUUCUGGGCUGCAGAGUGCAAAGCGCACCAAAAAUGCAAUCUUUUCUCGCGCCAGGCUUUAUCUUGUUGCUCGGGACCUCAUCACACUGACUGAUAGACAGUUACAGUGGGUAAAGACAGUGCAAUAGCUGAGGGAACGGAUAAAACACCUUACUUCAUUUCUGUCACAACGCGUUUACAUGAUCUGAUCUUUUGAAGCCUGAUGUUGGAAAUUCAGGAUAGAUCUGGAACAACAUAAGAGAGACGUCCAAAGGCUUUGUCUUUUCAUUGGCUCUAAGCUGCUCAUUUGCAUUAAAGGGAAUGUCUGCAUGCUGCAUGGACAUUGAGGGAAAAUGAGAUGUCUCUAUAGUUUUUCAGAAGAGUCCUGCCACAUUAAAAGUUCAGCUUUUUCACUGUCAGACAAUCGCACAUGAUGCCCUGCCUCAGAACAAAAAAAACCUCUCACUAAAGAGAAGUUAAUGUGAUGUUUCUUUGUCUGUAGAGUCAUUCCACAAAAUCAACUUAAUGUUUAGUUUCCUUUAGAUUAAUGCACUUAAUGUUUUUGCCAGGAGGCCGCUCUUGAUCGACUGAGAGAAAGGAAAAGACAAUCGUCGGGACACAUUAUAUCACAGACCAACGACUUUUCAGUCGGAUUUCUGUCACAUUAAAGACCAUUCCGUUUUACCCCGAGCCUCAUGGUUAAUAGUGUCACAUCAUUUAACGGAAUCUUAAAUCAGCAGAUGUUGAUGCUCGGAGUCAGAGGAAACAGCUUGACUUCUAGCUGGAUUGUUUGCAGAAGAGGGCUCUGAGUUUGUCUCAGUGAGAGCUGGAUUUGGGCCAAGGUGCUUACCUCCUCUUGCCAGUUCAGUGCCAGAAAGGCGUGAUGUGGAUGCUGUUGAUCAGGCUGUUCAGUCUGCAUGGCCUCUCUCAUUCACAGCUUUUUUUUAUAAUCUCAUCUCUUGCUCAUCCGUUGUUCAUCACAGAGCCAGACGUGCCUUGUUUGUUAUUUUUAGCUUUUCGAUUCUCACAUUUCUUCUCCGACAGUCGAUGAAACGGUGGAAGACACCGACACAGCUUUGGUUGACGUUGCCGAUGUCAUUGCUAAAGACGCGCACAAACACUGGAGAUCAUAUUUUUUAAGUGUUGAAUCAUUUCUUUUUGUUUUCUUGUAUUAAAGAACAAUUAUCAUUUUGUAUGCUUUCUUGGAAACACAUUGACGUUUUACAAUUCAUGUCCUGUCAAAUAAAAUGUAAAUUAAAAGACAAAAGG